AUGCUUGCAAUCUAUCCUGGAAAUGGUACACGCUAUGUGAAGCACGUUGAUAACCCGGUAAAGGAUGGUCGGUGUAUAACCACAAUUUACUACUGCAAUGAGGACUGGGAUAUAAUAAAGCACGGAGGAACACUUCGUCUCUAUCCGGAAACCUCAAUGAUACCAAUGGAUAUCGAUCCAAAGGCAGAUCGCCUUGUGUUCUUCUGGUCGGACAGACGUAAUCCACACGAAGUGAUGCCGGUAUUUAGACCACGAUUCGCCGUUACCAUUUGGUAUAUGGACCGUGAGGAGCGGCGAAAAGCUAUAGAGAAACAAGCGCAAGAAGCAGAAGAAUCGGAUGCAGCCAAGCAGACCAACGAACGUUCGGCAGCAACCCCGCCCCCGAUUCAACGUCUUGGAAAAGAUCAUAUGCAAAUGUUCCCAAGUGCUUCGUCUGAGCCGUCGCUCGCUAACAUGGAACACUCGGAUCGCGGUGAGUUUUAUAGUGUCGUGAAGCUGGUGCAAGUCAAGGAGUCGUUGUUUCUGCUCCUCAUGCCAUCAGGAACACGACCAUCCUAA